GUGUCUCUGCUAUUCCUCAUGUAGAUCCAGAUCCUGAAGGAACAUCUCCAUAUGGAUCCACGGUCUGCAGGACAUACCUGGGACAAACAUUCUGGCGCUGUCCAAACCCAACCCCAAUGGCAGAACGCAACCAAAACUCACCAUAACCAAUCCUAUAACCCCAGGGCGGUGGUGCCCUCGGGGCUCGAGGGUCUUGUAGAGGUAGAAGAGGUGACACUACAGGGAAGAGCUUUCUCCACCAGAUCCGGGCAGACUCUGUUCACCAUACACCGGGAGUCAGAGUGCUGUGGACCAUCCUUGAAUCUGAGGUUCCGGGAUACUAAGAGAAGAGAUGUGGUCUCUCUGUGCGCAGACUCAGGAGAUUGCUGUGGUGUACACACUGAUACAUGUAUCAUUGUAUUGCCAUGGCUUUCUUUCCUGUUUGGUUUUGAGGUUGUUCUGUUCACAGCUAAGAUAUGCUUGUCCUGUAACCAGUCCUGUGACUUGCUGAAGGUCAUCGUUCCUCCUUCGCACACAAUCGGUUUCAUCACAAUUUCGCUAAACACUUCUCGUAAAAUGAUUAUCUCAAUCCAGAUGGUGUACGGAGAGGCUGCGUUCACUGCCGGGCUGCCCUUAUCGGGCUCACAGAACCACAUUGAGACUAUUCCCCAGAUUCUUAGUGUAAAUGGGUCGUGUCCUGUGGCCAAUAUAACCAAGGAGGGAGAAAAGGAAUCAUCUGAAGUUGUUUUCCAGUUUCCGAUGGACAUGGAGGUUACAUUGAAAACUCUAAUCUUGGCUGCAUACCUUUACAUGAGAUACCACCUGACUAAACAGCACAACAGCAGCUCCUCCACUUAUGACAGCGAGUGGAUCACUGCAGGUGGAGUUUUCAUCCCUGGCAUUGACAGCUCUGGUGGAUUUUCAGAUGACGGAGGCUUCGGUGGAGACUGUGGUGGUGGAGAUUUUGGUGGAGGAGGGGACUUACAGCUAAAAGAAGUUCUUCUGAGCUCUGAAUCCUAUCAGCUUAUUCCAGCUUAG